AUGCUCGAUCUUUUCCUCCUCACCGAAGCGCAACUCGACGCGCUAGCCGUCUACUAUUCCCAAACACAUUCAACAGAUCUCACAAACCAGUACCCACAGACAAUGAACUGGCAACAACCCUUCUUAGACGCCAGCGAUACCUUGCCCGAAAACUGUAAACUAGGUGAGCUGGAACGGUUAAAGAUCAAGAUGAGGAUGUUUGCGAGGUUCAUUGGUAUGAGGGGUGCGGAUACACCGCGGUGGGAGUAUGACCGUCAGAUUGAGAUUUUGAGGAAUAAGAUCCAGAGGAGGAUUAUGGAUGAGGAGGAGAAGGUGCUGAGGAAAUUUUAUCAAGGUCCUUGCUACAACUACUGCAUGGACACGCUCAAGUACAAGGCCCGCCGGGGCGGAGAGGGAGAUUGGAAUUACAUGCGCUGCUUGAAGGCUUGCAAGGAGGAUCCGAACUGCAAGUUCGAUGACGAGCGCACAACAAGCCACAUGGGUGUCUAA